UUUAUUCACAUAAUUUUAGAAACUUUCAAACGUAUUAUUCACGUUUUUUCGGAGUAACACGUAUAUUAUUGUAUUGAUAUUCAACCUUAGAAAAUUUAGUUCCACAAUUUUGUAUUUUUUUCAUAAAAAAAUACUGCAUCCGUGUACAUUUUAUAGCUGUAUUAUCUACAUCGUUUAAGUUUUGUAUAUAUUGUACUUAAAUUAACUUAUAAGAUUUCGUAACAAAAUAUCACGUCUAAAUAUAUCUACGUGCAUCUUAUGUCACAUCAAAUGUACUUAAAGAAUAUUUACUUUCUCACACCAACAUUCUUCUACCUACCUAAUAAGACAAUAAAUUACGAAACUAAUAUUCCGUAAUUGCUAAACUGCGGAUAGGUAGUCACAUUCAGAUCAAUUAUACGAAAUCUACGAAAAAAGCUAUUCUUGAGACAAAUCUUUCAAUAAUACAUAGUAUUCAUGAGAAAUUGAAGUUUAGUCUUGAAUUUUUUCAUAAAAUAUCUUUAGAGCUCUCGCCAUUCUUUUUUAGAAUGUACGCAUUUUAUAUAAAAAAAUCUUUAUCAUUCCAGCAACUUUAACAAAAAAUGUGAAACCGGUACAAGCAGUGAAAAUCAUACUUUUAGACAUUAAAAUUUCCCUACCGCAAUUCAAAACAAUGUUUACGUUACAUUUGUUUGUGCUUAAAUAAAACAGCUAACGAUUUAAAUGUAACGGAAUAAAUACAACCAAUUUCCUGUGGAAAAUAAACAAAGUACAUAAGCAGUAAAACUGUUUCCAAUCAAAUGAAGUGAAAUUUCUAAUUACAUUUUAGUACAUACUAGAAAUUUUUCCGAUAAUCUUGAAAAUCUAUACUUAUAUGACAUUGUUUACGCUGUACCAAAUUAUGUGCAAAUUAAUUUUUUACCAACUUCCAUGUUUUUAUUAAAAGAAAUUAUAUUCUUUCACUAUGCAUGUACACUUAUAGUGCAGUCAAUCAAUGCUAAAAUUAAAAUAACUCCAACAAAAAUGAAGUCUUCAAGCUGAAAUUUGUAAUGUGGUUUGCGUACAUGAUAUUGAAGAAAAUUGUGUACAGAUUUUUCGACUCGAUAACUUUUUCCCAAAAAGGUAAUUUUUUUUUUCUAAUAAAGACAUGGAAGACGGAAAAUUAAUUUCUACAUAAUUUGAUUCAGCGUCAAAAAUGUUAUAGACGUCUAGAUUUUCGAAAUUUUUUCUGAAAAAUUACCAGUGCUUGUGGUGUUUAGCUAAAUGACCACCCUUAAAUAGCUUAUUCGCUAGAAAAAGAAAAGUUAACUUGCCGAAUAAACUAGAUCAGCUACAAUUUCGCGACAGUCCGGUAAACAUGCUUCUGUCGUAUUUCCUUGUUAUAUCACGGAGCUAUAGCUCUUGCGCCGACAAAAAUAGCCGGGAACAAAAAUAGAUGAGGGUAGUUUUUGGUAGAGUAGACGGUGCCAGUAGCUACGAGCGUUGCGAUGCGUGUAGCUUCGCAACGUUGAGCAACAACGUGUCGCCCAGAUACACGAUUCGCUGCGAGUUUAAUUACAAUUAAUCCGUCCGAUUUUACGUUAACACCGAACAAAACAUCAUCGUGCAUAUCGAAAUCUUAGUGAUUCUAUUGCUCGUAGACUCGAUGUUUCUUAGAAAUUCAAUGAACGAAACAUCAAUACGUAGCAAUCUCAAUAGGUGUUAUAGAAUGCUCGUAGAUUAAUAACGAACGAGGAUACGCAAAUCUUUUCGAACCGAUUAUAAAAGUCACUGUACAGGAGAAAGUUUUCUGAAAGCGCGCAAAAAAUGUUGAAGGACGAUUCGGAGAACGUAAUAAGCACAUACUUCAGCUCUAGUCUAGUGCAGCUGAAGAAUGCGAUGGGUCCGCAGGAUCUGAAAAGAUUCGCGUCCUUGAACAGCAAUCCCGAAAGGAUCGGCUUCCUAUUGAGGUACCCGGUGGCUUAUAAUUUGUCCUUAGACGUAGACAAUCGGGCGUUGAAGAACAGCGAGAAAGCUCGCCAACUCAAGGACCUCGGCAACAAAUACUUUGGCCGCGGUGAAUUCCUAAAGGCCCUGGAAGUAUAUUCGAACGCUGUUCUGCUGGCACCUCUGGAAGAAUCAGGGGUCAUUCUAGCCAAUCGCUCGGCAACACUUUAUCAUUUGGAGCAUCACGAUUAUGCUCUAACAGAUGUUGAAGAAGCUAUAAGGGUUGGGUACCCAAAAGAUCUGUUCUAUAAGGUCGAGGAAAGACGUGCUAGGUGUUUGCUGGGUUUGAAAAGACACGCUGAAGCUGUAACAGCUUUUCGAAGUGCUUUAAAAGCUCUCGACGAUACGAAAAUGAUUAUAGAGAAAAAACAGAAACUUCAAUCGGACAUCAGAAUCAUGCUUGCCGUGAUGGAAAAAGGCAAUGAAAUCGCUCAGAAGUAUGCAAAGACAGCACAAAAGCUACACAAAAUUAAUGAACCACCUAAAAAAACGAUUCCAAAGAUAGAGGAUUCCAAUCCAUUGUAUCCUGCUUGCAGUAAAGCAGUUGAAAUUAGAGACGAAGGUGGUGAUAUAGGAAGACACGCUGUUGCUACCAAAAAUAUUGAGCCUGGCGAAAUAUUGGUAAUAGAAAAACCACAUUGCGCACUCUUAUUAGCUGAAUACAGGAUUACUCACUGCCAUUCUUGUUUCACAAGGGUAUUCGUACCGAUACCAGCUGCAUGUAAUGUAUGCAGUUCUGUGGCAUACUGCAGUGUUCGUUGUAGAAAUGUGGACGCAAAGGUGCAUCAAAACGAAUGCAUAUUGCUGCCUACCUUAUGGAAUUCGAAUACUUCUAUAACUUGUUUCUUAGCUUUAAGGGCAGUCGCACAGCGACCCUAUGAACAGUUAAUUAAACUUAAAAGCAGGCUGGAAACGUCUAAGGGUAGAUUUAAUGUCACGACAGAACGACCUUAUCAAAGUCACGAUUUUGAAGCCUUCUAUGGAUUGAUAACUCAUGAAGACGCAAGAACCGCAGAAGAUCAUAUCCAUAGAACCUACAUAGCCAUGUGGCUUCUCAGACUUCUAAAGCAGGGACCAUAUUUUCCAAAAGAUGUUAAAACUCCAGAUACGGUAGAAGCAAAACCUUCGGAAGGUGAAUUAUUUAUAGGCGGUUUGAUUCUUCAUAACUUGAUGUUACUACAAUUCAAUACUCACGAGAUUUCAGAAUUGACAAUGUCAAAAGGUGAUAAAACUUUGUCGAAAGCUAAAAGUAUAUUCAUUGGUGGGGGACUAUAUCCGACAGUAUCACUGUUCAAUCACUCAUGCAAUCCUGGUAUCAUCAGGUAUUUCAUCGGUACCACAAUGAUCGUGCGAGCAAUUCGAUCGAUAUCACAAGGAGAAGACAUCUCUGAAAAUUAUGGUCCAAUUUUUACAAGAACACCUGAAGCUGAAAGGAAGAGGAAUCUAAGAUGCCAGUACUGGUUUGAUUGCAAAUGUGAAGCAUGCACAGGACACUGGCCAGUUCUGAAUGAAAUUGACCCAACGAUUCUAAGAUUCAAGUGUGAUACUGGGCGUGAAUGCGGGAAUAUUUUGCCAAUCAGAACGAACUCAGACGAGUUUAUAAUCAAAUGCUCAAAAUGUGGCAACAACACAAAUAUUUUUAAAGGUUUGAAAGCGUUACAGGAUACAGACGCACUUUUCAAGGUCGCCUCGAGAAAUUUGGAAGAAGGAAAGCUUAUGGAUGCUUUGAAAGCUUACUUAAACAUUCUGAAACUUUUAGAUGAGACACUCGCUUUACCCAUAAGAGACUAUCAUAUUUGCCAGCAAUCUGUUCGGUUAUGCAUGCUUCCUUUUGGAAAUUCUGCUUACAUAUAACGAUGUUUUGUGCACCAACAAGUUGAUAUAAGUUGAUCAUUUCGAACUGUGAAUCAUUUAUAAGCAAAACAAAAUAUUGUAACCCGUUUUAACUCAUAUGGUGCGAGUUUUUCGUAUAUUAGAAUGUAAUAAUUACACUUUUAUCACUCAA